CUCCAGCCAGACCAAGACCCACACAUUCAUAUGGAGAUGUGGGACUAUAAAUAGGAGGCAUGAAGACAGCAGAGAUCAGAUUCUCUCUACAGAGACCUCGACAGCACACAGAUCCAGCCAUGGCACCUACAAUCACUGCACCAAUGACCAACUCUCAGGAGCAUCUGACUCUGACCCACAAGCUCAGAAAACCUCUGGUGGAGAAGUUACGCAGAGAGCGAAUCAACAGCAGCAUUGAACAGCUCAAGUCUCUGCUGGGUCCAGACUUCCUCAAACAGCAGUCAGACUCUAAGCUGGAGAAAGCAGACAUCCUGGAGAUGACAGUUUGCUUCCUGACACAGCUGCAGCAGCAGAAUCAACAGCAGAGAAGACUGCUGAACCUCGUCAACAAGCUGCAGUCUUCCUCUGAGAAGAACCUGAUGGAGGCUGACUUCUCUCUCCUGAGCUCCACAGUCCAGACCAGCAUCACCAAAGAGAUCAGGCCAGUCAACAGCGCCCUCUGGAGGCCGUGGUAGUCACUUACAGACUGGACUUACUACCAGACAAACUGAGAUGACCAUGUUGGUCAAAGAUUACUGCAACUGAAUUCUAUGAAAUUUAAGGACUUGUUCUUCUGUAUGAACAGAAGGCUGUUUAUAUACUUUUGUCUAUUUCAAACUUUCUUGUUAAGAAAAACAUCAUUUCCUGUGGAAAUAGUGAAACAGAGUGACAUUAUCUCUCAUAUUAAGAAUGAACCAAUGUCAUGCAUGGUGCAUGAAUCAUAUCAAACAUUAAGUAAAUGAGUUUUUACUAUGAUAAAUAACUUUUAUCACAUUAUGGUGGUACAUGAAAUGAAGUAUACUACUUCUUGAGUGUUGAUCAUCAUUUUGAUCAAACACUUGGAUUGUCCUUUGUGAGGACAUUUUGUCUCAAUUGACUUAAUUUCAAUGUCUUUGAUUACUAAGUAUGGAUCAGUUAUCAGGUCAAUGUGCAACUUCUUUAAAAUCCUUUUGUUGAAAAGGUUUGCUUCUGAUACAGUCUAAGACUGAAAUCCCAAUGAGCUUUUUUUGAGUGAAAAUGCAUUGCCUCACUUUGUGAUUAUCUAAACUUGAUCUGUUCUAAGAUCAGUAUUCUCCUUUGCUAUAAAGUGCAGAUCAUCUUCAUUUUAAUCUAUGUUUUAUGUAAAACUAACUGAUGAUGAUGAUGAAUCUCAUACUAUUUGUCUUUUGUAAAGACGACUGGUCCUCUACUCAUUUUGAGUGCAGUGUGCCUUGGACAUGUUACCAAGUUAUUGUUGUGAUAUGUCAUCACAUUUAUGUGCUUCCAGUAGGAGCUUUCAUAAAAUGCAUCACUGACUUCAUUUCAAUA